UAUAUUUAAUAUAAAAACGUCUAAAAUUGCCAAACAAAUAUAUUAAUUUUAAUUUUUGAACGCUUUAUUUUUUGUAUCGACUAAUAUAAAAGUUAAAAAAUAAUAAAUCGUGACAUUUAUAAUAUUUCUAUUGAAGGAGACGUUAAACUUUUUUCGAAAUCAAAAAAAAAGAUGGACCGUCUUAAAGUGUUUACUUUUGCUAUUGUCGUUGUUUGCUACAUGUCAGAGAGUGUAAACUGUAGAAAAAGUCUGGACGAUCUGAAAGGUGCCGCUAAAAAAAUCGAACAAACAAAUAUUAUGAUACGGCAAGUUGCAGAAAAAUAUAAAGAUUCUCUGGAUGGUAACCAUGAUGCCUAUCAAAAAAUAUUGGACAUGAGACACGGUAGUAAUUACUUAACUCUUUUUCCUAAAGAGUUUUCUCAGAUGUACGAAACAGAUUUCGUUGAAAAUUUUUUGAGAAUUGCCGUAGAAAAACACUGGUUUCAAAAAAAUCUAUUCAAUGCAACAGGAAUUCAUAUACCCAAUGAAGAGAGCAUACCUGAUGACAUAGAUUAUAAUAGAGCAAUGUAUGAAAGAAGAGAACUUUUGAAACCUGUUAUGAUAAAAGAAUUGCAACACCAUUAUAAUAAUAGUGAGUUAUUGCUUAAUUUUGUUUGAAAUUAAUGUCUGUCA